AUGGCUCGAGGUUUUUGUGAAUCCUCCACGAGCCUGCACUUGCCCGUGCUGACCAACUGCGCGAAUGCCGACAAGUUCGCCAUAGCGUACCAGCAGCUGGUCGAGACGAUCAAGGUGGGCGACACAGAGAUCGGCAUCCGCAAGGGCGUGAACCUGCCCGGCCUCAUCGUGGAGCUGCCGGCGCUGUCGGAGAAGGCCAAGCGCGACCUGGAAUGGGGCGUGGAGCUCGACAUCGACUUCAUCGCGGCGUCCUUCAUUUGCAAGGCCAGCGGCGUGCACGAGAUCCGCGCGUUCAACUUCGAGGAGAUCCUCGAGGCCUCGGGCGGCAUCAUGUGCGUGGAGGUGACCACCCAGCACGUUCUGGCGUACCAGAAGAUGGUGGCGAGCCGCUGCAACGCCGUGGGCAAGCCCAUAAAUGUAGCCACGCAGAUGCUCGAGUACACGCAGAACAACCUGCGCCCGACGCGCACCAAGGUCUCGGAGGUGGGCAGCGCCGUGCUGGACGGCGCCGACUGCGUCAUGCCUAGCGGCGAGUUGGUGGCUACCAUGAGCAUGGCCGUCAAGGAGACCAACGAGCUACUGCUGCAGCCCACGUACCGCGCCAAGUUCCGGUUCGACCUGCGCACGUCGACCGUCAAGACGGCCAAUGAGAUGCACGUGCAGCUCAUUUUUUGUGCUAACCUCCACGGGCUACACGGCGCGCAAGGUGACCAAGUACAAGCGCGCUUAAAUACGGUCGUGAGCUACGUGAUCCUCGCGGGCGAGGUUUACUUCGAGGAACCAACGGCGGCGAGCCGCAAGCAUGAGUUCGGCAUCCACCGUGACCAUGUCGUCUUCGACCAGAUCGUCGAGCUGAGCAGAGGCGCUGAUGAGCAGGCGUCCGAGCGGGGUCGUGCCGAGCCCGAUUCUAGCUUCUACUGUGGUCAUAGAGUCUUCACCCAAGUCGACAAGUUGGGCGAGGAUCGAAGGUCUGAGCGGAGCGACGUGGAGUCUGAGCACAGCCUCGAUAUCGCGGACCCUUCCAGCAUCUUCAACAGCACCAACGCUCCACGUGCCAACAUGGAGCCUCGCAUUGGUCAAGACAAAGAUAUAAGCGGACCUCAAGCGGAUCUCAAGCGCGCUUUGCUCCGACCGCUCCGCGGAGCCUCGUACCCGCGGCCGCAUGGCGUGCUGGACGUGGCCAAGCUGCCCAAGAACUUCGACUGGCGCAACGUCGACAACACCAACAACAUCACCAUCUCGCGCAACCUGCUCAUCCCGCACUAUUACAGCUCAUUCUGGUCCUUGCAAGCCACCGAAUGGGUUAGUGCGAUGGUAGUGGCGAUCUGA